GGCCGCUAUUAUUCGAGAACAUUUAGGAGGGUUUUCACUUCUCAAUGGCGACCGUAAAAUGGCGGACGAUGGGAAACAACAAGCGCAGCCGCCCGAGGUGCCCCCUAUCGCUCACACGCGCAGUUCGCUUCAACGACGAGGAAGAAGAUGGCGGCGCUCAUCAGGCAUGGUUUACUCGGAAAUCUUUCAAAAAGUACAUCCUCGAUUCUUGCCGUGAACACGACAAGUCUGCGAUGCAAUGUAACGCGCUCCAAAAGCAAGAAGGUUGUCAAAAAGACGAAAUUCAGACUCGAAGACAACAACAAGUCUCUUGCUGCCAAAGGAUUUCUGAGAUAUCAAAAGGGAUAUGACCCACCUGCAAACGCGUCUGAUCUAAUAAAUAACAUUUGCAAUGAUCAAGCAAUUUCAACAAAUGACAGUACAAAACUUGAGGAUCCAUUACAGCGUUUUAAUCUUUUCUUAGCAUGUGAAAAAGAACUUCAACAUUCCAUUCCAAAUUCUGUACUGUAUAGUAUCGAAACAAUUGCUGAUUUGAAAGAAUUCUAUCAAACACCAAUAGGUGUUAACACUCCACUGGAUGGGAUGCGUACUAUGGAAUUACCAAAGAAUUUACAUAUUACUUAUGAUUAUCAUCGGUUUCAUCCUAGCACAGACACUAUGUUUGAUGGAAAAACCGCAUUCCCCAAAAGCUCCACUAUAGUAACUGGUUUGAAAUACAAGAAGAAAUAUCCUGGGUGUGUGCAAGAAAAUCCAUAUUUGGAUCAGUUACUUAAAAUUUAAGUGCUUCAAAAAUUGAUGAAUUUAAGAAUGUUAAGUAGAUUGUAUGGAAUCAAAAAAUAUAUAAAAAUAUCAAUAAACAUACGUAUUUCUAA